UUCGCCUAAACGCGCUGGCUGGAUCGGUUCGUACCCGCAACUGAAAAUUGUUGCAGUGAUGACUCAGACAGUUCAGACCAAUGGGGUUCAACCCCUCAGUAAGACCUGGGAGCUGAGUCUGUAUGAGCUACAGAGAACACCACAGGAGGCUAUAACAGAUGGACUGGAGAUAGCAGUGUCGCCAAGGUCCUUGCACAGUGAACUUAUGUGUCCUAUCUGUCUGGACAUGUUGAAGAACACAAUGACAACCAAAGAAUGUCUGCACCGCUUCUGCGCUGAUUGUAUCAUCACAGCUUUGAGAUCUGGUAAUAAAGAGUGUCCUACCUGUCGUAAAAAGCUGGUGUCCAAGAGGUCGCUGCGUCCAGACCCUAAUUUUGAUGCUCUGAUUAGCAAGAUUUAUCCCAGCCGUGACGAGUAUGAAGCACACCAGGAGAGAGUGUUGGCCCGUAUUAGCAAACACAACAACCAGCAAGCCCUGUCCCACAGCAUAGAAGAGGGGCUGAAGAUACAGGCUAUGACCAGACUGCAGCGCGGUAAGAGACACACAGUGGAGAACGGUAGCGGAGCGGAGGACAAUGGAGACUCUUCCCACUGUAGCAACGCUUCUGUCCACAGCAACCAGGAGGCAGGUCCAAGUAUUAAGCGCACCAAGACAAGUGAUGACAGCGGCUUGGACAUGGAUAACGCUGCUGAGAACGGGGGCGGGGACUCUGUGAUUGAUGGUGGUGCCAGCGAAAUAGAGCUGGUGUUCAGGCCACAUCCCACCCUGAUGGAGAAGGAUGACAGUCACAACAGCGUGGAGUUUGUCCCUCGCUACAUCAAGACGUCCGGUAACGCUACAGUGGAUCACCUGUCUAAGUACCUGGCUGUCAGGCUGGCUCUGGAGGAGCUGAGAAGAAAUGCAGAGGCCAGUCCUGUUAAUGUGGAGGCAGCUUCAGAGAAACAGUACACCAUCUACAUACCUACUGCUGGGAACCAGUUCACUGUUCUGAACGGUUCCUUCUCCCUGGAGCUGGUCAGCGAAAAGUACUGGAAGGUGAACAAACCCAUGGAGCUCUACUUUGCUCCUACUAAAGAACACAAGUAGUCACACAUAAAAACACACACAUACACGCACACACCAACACAUACACACACACUAACACGUACACACACACACACACCAGUAGGAACACAUGGACUUGGCUACACCUGCGCACACACAGACGAGAGGAGAGGAAUGUGUGUGUCUGAAGGAGAUGAGAGGGGUUGGUGAAACCCUCUAAAGGACUCUUGUAAAAAGAAAAACCCUUGUUUUAUAUUCUCUGUCUCUUUCUCUGUAUCUCUUUCUAUCUUUCUCUCUGUAGAAAGUAGCAGAUCAGUACAGCAGCCUGCAGGUCAAUCAGAGAUAAUGGACUGCUAACAGUGGUUGUAGAUUCUCUCACACUCUGAAAACCAGGGUCCCUGCACAGUCUGAACCAGCAAUGAGCUACUUUCCAAGUAAACAAAGUGUAUUGUCCGAUGUGUCUUCAGCAAAGGCCCCUUCAUGCUGUGUGAUUUUGGUCUUUACCUGACAAAAGUUGACAACUGGGAGAGAAACAUGGGGAAAUCUUAAAGAGCUCAGUAGCUCUAGAUGUUUCCUUUAACGUAUUCUUAUGCACAUUUUCAAGUAUCGCAAAUCAAAAAAAAGUUGAUAGACGGCAAAAGAAAAUAGAUCCUAAUUUUUGCAAGAAAAGAAAAGUUUUUCGGGGGAUAGACACACGAACAUGAACUCCUGAGACUGAUCAGCAGUUUCUGCUCAGAGAAGAGAAGAAGAGGAAGCCCUUGUCGGUGUCCUGAUGACCUCUCAGUUCUCCUCUCGUGGAUGGCCAAGGCGGAGGUUUUGUUUCUUAGUCUUUCAGAUUUCAGAUGUGUGCUUUUCAGCUGCACACACACAUGUAAGGUGACAUAUGACUUACGUGAUGUAAAGGAAGGAGAGGCCAUAAUUCUCAUCUUCUAGGCAACUGAAAUCUUAAAAGUGAAAUUCAGUCACUAUUGAAUACUUCAGUUUCAAUGCUGAAAUAUUUGACUUUGUAAACCAUCUAUCUGAAUUUAUCUGAUUUGAUUCCCGUCUUUAAAUUUCAAAUCAUUUCAAGUUUUGCCAUUUAAAAAACUAGAGACCCCAGACUGCUUUCUGAUUCUGUAGUCUGGGGUUUCCAGAACUCGCCUCUCUUGGACCACAUGAUUGAAGGAAAUUAGACAGAUUGAAGCUCAGUAGAUAGUCGAAUGCUCAAGUAAAAAUUUCUCAUUGUGACAAUCUCGGCAAAUCGAUGUUAUGAUGUUGAGUUACGCUUGGAGCCGACUUUGAUUUGUGGAUGUGAAAACAAACUGAGCAGCUUGAACAUAUUUAAUAUUUUGCACUUGAAUUUUUUGUGUGAAUUCAUGAUCCCUAAAAUGUUUUUGGAAUUGCAAGUACUUGAAAUGAGCUGGUGGAAGCCUGACAGGAAGUUCAAACCAUAUAAAAUGAGACUGGUGCUUUUCAAAGUAAAAUAUUUCAAUGAAUGUUUCUGGAAUCAGAAGUGAUACAGAUCGCAGUCAGGAUUGUACAUUGUGACAUGCUGUGAUCACAUAGUGUAGAGGGGCCUUGAAGAAAGCACCUGUUGAACCAUGUGUUGUAAAAUGUGUGUCCACACUGAGGAACCUGACAGCCCUGACCAGCAGCAGGCAGUGGAAGCAUGUCCAGUUGCACCUAUAUAGUGAUUUGAAGCUACUAAGAUUGAAGCAGGUGAAUGCUUUCUGUUUAGUUGUGUAGUUUUUGUUUAGUUGUGUUCUUUUCCCCCCACAUGUCUCUGUAGUCUUUUAAAUAAAACUAGAGAAUGUUAAAGGUU